AUGAACAUGGCCGAAUUCACAUCAGCCUAUGAAGGGCUGGUAAAGCACCUAGCUGGAGCAAAGUACACCUUUGUAUGCCCGUCUCCAGAGACCGCUGGCAGGGUAGUGCAGAAAAGAGAAUCUGAUCCAUCAACGAAGAAUGCUCGGAACAUGCAAGAUUUCUUCGGUUGGAGUCUGCCAUGCUCAAGACAAACUCUCAGGUCGAUCAUACCGAACGAUAUCUUCGAAAGCUUACGCAAAGCAUCCAUCAUUACUGACAGCGAUAACAAAGACGAGUACCGCUCAGAAAUCCGCGUCUCGAACUUCUACCUGCCCAACGUUCCGAAGCUCGAUAGCAGCACAACGCCACUCUACUAUAUCCACUCCCCCUUCCCGGCAUCAUCAGACGCAGUGUUUUUUGGACCUGACACAUAUCUGUUCACUCAAUUUCUGAGAACCGCUCAACAUCAUCUACCAGAGGAACCAGGAAGCGCGAUCGACGUAUGCUGCGGAUCGGGCGCAGGCGCAAUACACCUAGCGAGGACAUACCCUCGUGCAAAAGUCCUCGGUUUGGACCUCAAUCCACAAGCGUUGCGGCUCGGGGGUGUGAACGCAAGGCUAGCCGAUGCUAAGGUUGACUUCUUCCAGUCGAAUCUUUAUGCUGCUGUUCCACACGAUGACAAGAAGUUUGGGAUUGAUCUGAUUGUCAGCAAUCCACCGUAUAUUGCCUCGAGUGCCGAAGGCAAGGACCUGCCCAUGUACGCAGACGGCGGCGCUGAGUUUGGCCUCGACAUAUCGUUGAGGAUUGUUGAAGAAGGCAUGAUGAUAUUAUCAGAAAAAGGUGUCAUCAUCGUGUACACAGGCGUGGCGGUUCCAACAGCAGAUCCGGGCCAUGACGCGUUCCUUGAGAAACUUCAGGCUGUGAAGGGCGCUGAACUUAUUGAGUACACAAUACUGCAUCCAGAUAUGUGGCCAGAGGAGAUUGGGCAUGGCGCAUAUGCAGACGUUGGCAGGAUACAAGUUGUUGGUGCCGUGUUGAGGAGAUCUUGA